CUCAGGCAUCUGCAGAGUGGCUUUGCAUUGCAAGAGUUAAUCUUGGUGGCAUUAAAUGCAGAACAGGUGAAAGGCAGACAAACAUGAGGCACAGUAACACAGUCCUGCAUUCCCAGGACAUUGUAACAGGACUCCAGCUUCCACAUUGUGUAAUACGGUGUGUAUGUGUGUAAAUUCAUCCUGCUCACUGAUUGACAGAAACUUAUGCCAGUGACUUUCUUGCUCGGUGAUUUCCAGAUGACCAUUCAAUCCAGAAGCCACCCUACGGAUGGGAUACAUCUUUGGCAAAUCUGAAAAAUAAAGAAACUAGUCUGAAGAAGUUUUUAAGAAAUCUAAUUCAUCAUUUUCCCCCAGGUUAAUGACACACUUUCUAAACAAUGACUUGUGUGACUAUCCUGAUCCUGGGGACAUGGUUUACAGUGACUGCAAGUGUUACAGCCUUCAGUGCAGAGGAACAACUACUAGAAAAGCUUUUUAUGGACUAUAAUCUGUAUGCGAGACCUGCUCGAACCCCUGAUGAAAGAAUAACAGUACGUCUAGGAAUGGUGUUGUCUCAACUUGUCAGUGUGAAAGAGAAAGAUGAAGAGAUGACAACCAAACUAUUCAUGAAUGUGGCUUGGAAGGACUAUCGACUGACAUGGAAUCCCAGUGAAUAUGAUGGUAUCAAAACCCUCGUUAUUCCAGAAGGAAAUGUUUGGUUACCAGAUAUUGUAUUGAUUAACAAUAAUGAUGGUAAUUUCUACGUUGGCUUGUCAGUCAGUGUCCAAGUAAGCAAUGAAGGACUGGUCACCUGGUUUCCUCCAGCUAUUUUCCGCAGCUCUUGCAGCAUUGAGGUGAGAUAUUUCCCAUUUGACUGGCAAAACUGCACCAUGGUAUUCCGUUCAUUCACCUACGAUGCUUCAGAAAUCAGUCUCGAGCAUGCUGUAGAUGAAAAAGGGAGGGACAUCAAAGAAGUGGUUAUUAAUGAGAAUGCCUAUACAGAAAAUGGGCAGUGGGAGAUUCGACAUCGGCCAUCACGAAAAAACACCAUACUUGGAGAUGAUCUUUAUGAAGACAUCACAUUCUUCCUCAUUAUUGAAAGGAAACCUCUCUUCUACAUUUUGAAUAUCAUCUUGCCUUGCAUCCUCAUCACCAUCCUUGCUAUCUUUGUUUUCUACCUCCCACCAGAUGCAGGUGAGAAGAUGACACUUUCCAUCUUUGUGCUGUUGACCCUGACUGUAUUUUUGCUCUUGCUUGCUAAAAAAGUCCCAGAGACCUCAGUGGGUGUUCCCAUUAUUGUGAACUACCUGAUGUUCACCAUGAUCCUUAUGACCUUCUCUGUCAUUCUGAGUGUUGUAGUGCUUAACCUGCACCAUCGUUCACCCAAUACACACAACAUGCCAUUUUGGGUUCGUAAGAUUUUUAUCCACAUGCUGCCUAAAUAUUUACGAAUCCAGCGGCCUAAACAAGAAACCCUACUGAAAGCCGAGUUUCAACCCAAGCGUGAAAAUCUGACGAAAACGCACUGGGUGACAGAUGAGUACUUCAUCCGUAAACCUAAUACAGAGUUCAUUUUUCCAAAGGAAAGCAAGUACAUGUCUGAGCCUCCAUCCAUGGAAGUGCAGAGGUUUGAGGAUAUACCUGCUGAAUGUCUCACCCUUCCCACUGAUCUGAAGGAAGCUAUCAGUGCCAUCAAGUACAUUGCGGAGCAGCUCCAGAGCCAAGAGGAGUAUGAUGCACUGAAGGAGGAUUGGAAGUAUGUUGCCAUGGUAGUGGACCGGCUGUUUCUCUGGAUUUUUGUUUUGUUUACCAGUAUUGGUACACUGACAAUCUUUUUGGAUGCCAGUUUCAAUCAUUCUCCAGAGGAUCCAUUUGUCAACCCCUAUGCCUGACCAGACUCUUGGAAUUGACUGUUGUACAGACUAUCAUGAGAGAGGUGGCUAUAUCUUUUGCACAACUCCCAGAUCUAUGGUGGGGGUGUGAUACAUUAUUAAGCUGGAAAAACAACCGCAUAUUCUGCCUGCUAACCAGAACAGAAGAUUAAAAAAUAUUCUAUAUCCACCUGAACAAUAUAGUGAGUUUCAUCUUACUGUAAAUAAUGACAGGUCACAGAGGCUGUGACCAAAUCAAACACCCCACUAAAGCAGGGAGGACUAGUUGCAUUAUUUUAUAAAUACGGUUAUGUGGUAAAGGAAUUGUUAUAAUAACUUUUAAGUUUGGAUAUCUUUUUUAGCCUUCUAUGGCCUUCAUGGAACAGAUUUUCAUGAUUAAAAUUAUAGUGAACAGCCUAGA